CACGUACUACUCUCGCUGUUUAUUCUCAGCUAGAUUUUGAAGAUUGAUGAUGAAUCAAAAGGCGGGAGGGAAUAUGACGGAAAAACAAAAACGAGGAAAGAGUGACUUGAUGAUCCGUUUCGACUAACAGUUAGCUAAUUCUUGGAAGAAGGGACGUCGUUUCAUUUCUUUGCUUUUCCGCGAAGGGGAUUCAUAAGCAAUGAGAGCAGGAUUGAGAGAAAGAAUGGGCUUUUGGGAUGUAGCUUCGGACUUUGGGCCGUCUCCGCGAAGAGGGAAGGAACAGAAGAGUAAAUAAACAAAAUACAGCCACACUUGAGCUAGUCUUUGUGUCUCAUUUGUUGACAAGACGGGCGGUGGUGAUAAUGGCAUUGUCCCAACACGCCCGUCCCGGAUGGGCAUCUUUUUCCCCGGAUGUUCCUAUUUUCUUGGGGAGAUGGGGAGGCGAGAUAUACCAGUAAUAGAUACCUGCUGGGUACGGGCACAUGCUUUUUUCUGUUUCUGUUCUUGUUCACUGUGGCGUUUGCCGCACGUUUGUUUUUUCUGGCUUGAACGACCGAACGGUUCGUGUGGUGGGUGGGAGGUUGUCUUUGAAGGCGUGUUCUUGUAUGGAUGUCUAUCUGCCUGUCGCGGGGGAAUUCAAGACAAGUUGUUCAAUUCAGGUGGGGUAUGAGGUGUGUGUGCGCGCGUACGCAUCCCCUCUCUUUUCGUUGCCGGCACACCUACACAUAAAGACACACACACGGACAGACGGGCGGAACGGACGGACUGUCUUUUUUUAUUUUGGUGGUCGAUAGUGGCGCUCGCCGUUUGCUUGGCUUGUCUGUCAACCUACCUGACUACGUGCCGGGGAAGGGGUCCAGGUGCGGGAGGCUAAGGUAGUGUGAGUGUGUGAGUGAGUCUACCUGUGUGUGGUGGAUGCCUCUUUUUUGGGAAACUAGCGACGAACGAUGGGUUGGCGCUUUGCAGAUGGGGUCCGUGGGAAGGGG